UAAAUGGCAAUUUGACAUGUUAAUCUUCACACUGCCAUUUAAUUUAAUAUAUUUCAAUUAACUUUUCUUUUUGCCAUCCACAUGCGACUUGAUUAUCUGAAAUGGUAUAAUAUGACAGAGCCUAAUAUGAUAAUAAGAUAACAGUGGAUUUUAGAUACAAACUCGCACGCAGGUGCGCGCAUUCGGCAAAGAGGCGUGUCACUGACGAGCUUAUAAAGCGCACAGGUGCGCGCUAAUUGUGCACACAGCUGAUCCGAUUUGAUUGUCUGAUGUGUGCACGCCGCGGUUCAGAGCUCCGUGAUUCAACCACAGCUUUUUGACUUUGAAAAACAUAUUUCCGCUGCGACCAUGAGUGCUGGAGGAGGCACCCCGUACAUUGGCAGUAAAAUCAGUUUGAUAUCCAAGGCGCAGAUGCGGUAUGAGGGCAUAUUGUCGUCCGUCGACACCGACAGGUCCACCGUCGCGUUGGCCAAAGUUAAAUCCUACGGGACAGAGGACCGGUACAGUGAAAGACCAGCGCCACCCAAAGAUGAAACUUAUGAAUACAUAAUCUUCAGAGGAAGUGAUAUCAAAGAUAUCACCGUGUCUGAGCCACCAAAACCACACCAUGGACUGCCUCGUGACCCUGCUAUUGUACAGUCAUCCCUGGGCAACUCCUCUGCUGCGUAUCACCCACGCUGGAGUUCAUACAGGGACAUGUUGCCCACCUACAACCAGCUGGCUGCUACUUCUCUCCUCAACCAGCAGUACAAUGCAGCACUGGGCCUCGUACCAGGACUUCAUGGCAUGCCAGCCAGAAGGGCCCCCAUGGUGGAGCAGGCUGUGCAGACCGUGCCCAUGGACAGCGCCGCCCAGAAAAGGGGGAAGCCUUUGACCCAGCCUCAAGGCAAACCGGCUGUUCGUCCAAACCCGCGCCCGGUUCAGAAGGAGAACGUACCCACCAUUCGGGCGCCAUCUCAGCCAAGUGUAGCCAAGGUUCAAGGCCCCGAGAACCUGAAGCAAAGGCAGAAACAAGGCAAUCGCAGGUCCAGGAACCGAAGCAGAGGCCAACUCCUUGUGAAGAACUCCAAGGCCACGACCUUGCAGUUUGAGUCCGAUUUUGAUUUUGAAACCGCAAAUGCUCAGUUUAAAGACGAACUCACUAAGGAGGUCGUGGUGGAUUCCGGGGAGGGCCAGGACAGCCCGGGUAUGCAGGAGGACUCUCUCGGAGAGAAGUACUACGACAAAGCCAAAUGCUUCUUUGACAACAUCUCCUCAGACCUGACGCCCAGGAGAACCACCUGGGCGGAGGAGAAAAAAAUGAACAUGGAAACAUUUGGAGUGCCCGGGCGCUUCCUGCGAGGCCGAGGAUUCAGGGGCCGAGGACGCCGAGGGCAGAGCGCCACGGAGCAGCAACUCCUCCCAAAAAUUGGUAGUGGGAGGGUGUGAAGGCGCUUCUUUUUGUUAACCUUUUCUGUAAAUAUUGUAGUUUUUCUACUUAUUUAAAAAAGUACCUCCCUUUUUUCUUUUCUUCCCUCCCCAAAUUUAAGGCGAAGACAUUUAUUUUAAUUUUCUUUCCCUCGAUCCCAAAUUCGCUUUCAGGGAAUUUUGUACUUUGACGCUUUAUUAUAUGAAAUGGGAGAGGAAUUUAUUUUAAUCAAGCAGCUGUAUGCUGGAAGCAAAUUUAUUAAUUUGCAGUUAGCUUGGUAAAGAUGCAAUGUGGAAUUUGUCUUUUGAACAGGCCAGCAGGCACACAAAGUAGUUUUUCUUUGUUUUCGGGGCUAAAUAUAUUGCAUUCUUCUGUCUACUUGGCUGUCCGAAUGUAACAAAUUGCUUUUGGAGGGCAGCUCUACUUAAUUUCUUUCAUACUUGUCAAAUUAAAACUGUGGAGGACU